UCCAUCUAGUGUAGCCAAGCAAGAUCCUGCCACAUUCCAUCCAGUGGAGCCAAGCAAGAUCCUUCAUCUGUAGCAUUACAUCCAGUGGAGCCAAGCAAGAUCCUGCAGAAUUUUCAUGCAUAAAACCAGAAAAAAAAGAUCUUGUUAAUCAAACCAGUUGGGUUUCUCCAGUCUUUAGAAGAAAUAUGAAGGCAAAGGCUAAAGCAGCGAGAAGAAGGAGGCCGGUCAACCUAGAAGACAUUCAUGAACAGAGAGCCUCAAGUGAGGAGCACUUAGUCAAGUGUCCAAGUUACAAGGACAAGAGGAAAGGAGAGGAUGAAGAGCUGGUCAAAAUCUCGAGCAAAAAGAGAAGAGAGACAGCGAACAGGGAAGAACAUAGCACCCGGAGGCUGGAGAGCAAUGAGCGGGAGCGGCAGAGGAUGCACAAAUUAAAUAAUGCAUUCCAGGCUCUAAGAGAAGUCAUCCCUCAUGUCCGAGCUGAGAAGAAGCUGUCCAAAAUCGAGACACUCACACUGGCCAAAAAUUAUAUAAAUACUUUAACUGCGACUAUUCUAAACAUGUCUAGCGGCUGUGCCACCCCGGGUCAGGAGGGCAGCCCUGCCAAUGGCGGAAAGCUUUUUCAGCACUAUCAGCAACAACAUAGCGACGAGGACAAUGACGGACAUUUAAAGAAGUACUCAACACAAAUUCACAGCUUCCGGAAAGGCAGCUGAUCUAAAUCAAAGAAAGGAACUAUUUUUUAUUGGGUUUCAAGCUCAAUGUUAAUAUAUACAUGUAAAUGCUCUGAAUAGGAAGUGUUAGGGAAGCACAACAGCUGCACUGGUGAAGGACUGCUGAGAAUUGUAGCCCUUAAACUGCUGCCGUGCCAAAGGUUGCCAGUCAUGCCUUCAUACAGGAAACAUAUAGGUCAGCCCGCUGAUUAGGGUGUAUGAUGAUUGGCUGGAUAUCAGCAUAAUUUAGUGAUGCAGGUCGAUGACCAAACUGCAGUGAUUCAACAGGGCAGAUUAUAAACAAUUAAACGCAGGGUAGUGUUGUUCCCAGCCAACCCCAAUGAGUUUGCUUUGGAAAUUUAUCAAAUUAUAUGGAACAUAUGUGGCUAAUAUGAGUCCAUCAAAAUGGACCAGUUGGUUCAUCUAGUCUGCCCACUAAUGUCUGUACUCUUUGAGCAAAUGUAAAUAUAUACAGUAUAUAUAUAUGAGCUAGUUUGUCAUCAAAGUGCCACAUGACAUCAGGGCAGAUACCCCUAGCAACGAAUCAGGGCUUUGUAUUUCUAUUCGGACUGAAUUCUUGGAUUGGUUGCUCGUAGUUAGUUAGUGGUGCAGCUUUCUUAGUAAUUAAGCAAACUUUUGUAUUAUUAGGCAGGAUAGGUUUCUUUCUUUAGAUUCUUGGAAUCAAAUGUACACGGGUGAUCUGGCCUGUGAAGGAGUAAACAGAAAAUUGUGAUUUAUUGAAAUUAAAUUUGAAAUGAGGUCAGUGGGGGAUUUAAUCUGCAUUUGAUUCAUUUGCAUAUUUUCAGUUUGUGGAUCACAUGCUGGGUUUACAGUACGUAAGUCUAAUAUGGUAAAUAUUAAUCAGGGGCUGAGCUAACAUUAUGAAUUAAAAGAGAAAGAUACUGCCAAUUCAUGAAACCAAGGGCCCUAUGCCCACUGGUUACCAAUCUCAUCUUUCCAAUUGGUCUGUUCCCACAAGAACUUAAUUCCUGCACAAUAAUGUUCAGUGCUGCCAUAUAUACUGUUGCCAUGGACAACAGCCAAACUGGGUAGAAGCAGCAUAGAACCACACUUGACAGUGGCCACUGUAUGCACUUAACCUAAUGCUUUCAAUCACAAUGCUUCACCCUACUAGGGUUGCCUUUUGGAGCACUCCGGGGGGGGGGAUAUGAUGUCACAGGACGGGACUGCUGAUGUUGGGGGCAUGGCUGGUAAUGUCAGAGGUGGGACUAGUGAUGUUAGGGUGGGUCUUUGAUGUGGUGAUCAACAGUUGGCUGAUUUUCUUAUUUGGAAAACUGGGCAGGCAGUUUUGACCCGGAAAGCCCCUCAGUAAACUGGGUUGUCCAGGUUAAAACUAGAUAGGUGGCAACUCAACACCCACUCAACUGCUUAACAAUACAGCUCAAGAGUCUUGCUCUUUAAAGGAGAAUUAAUUCUCCCCCUCCCCUGUGUUGCCCCGCCUCCCUCCUCCCCCCUCCCCCCCAACCU